CUACUUCGACUUCUUGCCUUGGGAAGGUCGGGUGCGAUGGCUUCUUCCUCGUCGCCUUCCCUUUCGCCUCCGCCCAAGUCCUCCUCCGUUUCGGACAGCGCCGGCGAGGAGGGAAAGCAGGAGCUCCAGGGAAAGAUUCGUGGCCAUGAGGUCGCCAUCAGUGAACUGGAGCACCUCCAGCCUUCCCGAGCAGUAUACCAGAAGAGUGGCAAUAUCUUUUUUCGCCGAAGCAUCAAGACAGCAAUAGCAUCUGAACAGAAACAACUUGAUUUGGCCAAAUCUCGGUUGCAAAAAUUGAAUGCUAUUUGAUGCCCCCCAGCACACAAAGUAACAGCACGCAAGAUAUCUGCUGGAAGUGCUAUUCUGUAUCACUUGAACAUGCUGAACAGUUUGGUUUUAAGACAGAUUUUAUGGUCUUGCAUUUGUUUAAGUUUGUGUUAGGGAUGGAUUACUUUCAAUUCAUGAAAGUAAACGGAAUAGAAAACAAUUAACGAAAAACCUGUUUAUCUUUAUUUUUUCUGGAUGACAUUCAAAUUAUAAAGAAUUUUUAUAUUUUAGUAUUUCAGAUCAUUACUGAAAUGUAAACGGAAAAUCUAAGUUGAAAUCGAGUUGAAUGA